UUUUAUUUUUGUUUGUUGAUGUUCCGGGUUAUUAUGAUGUCAAGAAGAGAGAUCGAUGAACUAGACAAGUCACAAGUUUGUUUUAUAGUUUUGAAAUUUGGUGAAUGACAAGAGACAUAUUAAAUUUGUUCUCCAUGAAAAACUUGAGGUGUUCUUGGUAUCUUGCCGCAACAAUUGCUUUGGUUGUGGCAUUGGUUUCUAUAGUUCACAUGGUCUUCUUCACUUUGACACCUUCUUAUGAGUAUUUUAAGGUAGUUUCAUAUUCUACCAUUUCAUCUAAUGCAUCAUCAGCAGAGUUAACAAAUGGCUUUGGAAAGGCUGCAAUCGAUUUGAAGUAUGAGUUCCCGGCUGACUUGCACGGUGCACACCCUUAUAAGGGCACACCGUGGGAGGCUGAGAUUGGCCGGUGGCUUGCAAAUUGCGAUUCUCUUACAAAGGAUGUCAACAUUUCUGAGACAUUACACGGCAAUGACUGCAAAAAUGAGUGUAGUGGACUGGGGGUUUGUAAUCUGGAGUUGGGACAAUGUCGAUGCUUUCAAGGUUAUACUGGAGAUGGAUGCACUGACAUACAAGAGUUAGAAUGCAACUAUCCAAGAUCAAAUAAUCAGCCAUUUGGGAAAUGGGUUGCAUCAAUGUGCUCAGCCAACUGUGACAAAACAAGGGCACUGUGCUUCUGUGGAGAAGGAACAAAAUAUCCACAUCGCCCACUGCCACACACAUGUGGGUUUAUAAUUAAUCGAUCUUCUGAAACCUUUAGAGUGAAUUCGAUAAGAGUUGAUCAAGAUGUGUUCACAACUAAUGGUAGUAUACCAGGUUGGUGUAAUGUAGACCCAAUUGAAGCAUAUGAAGGAAAGGUAAAAUUCAAAGAGGAAUGUCAUUGCCCAUAUGAUGGUUUUAUGGGUCGAUUUUGUGAAGUGCCUGUUCAAUAUGUUUGCAUUAAUCAGUGCUCUAGACAUGGCCAGUGUCGUGGUGGAUUUUGUCAGUGUGAUAAUGGUUGGUAUGGAGCAGAUUGCAGCACUCCAUCAAUGAUAUCUUCUAUAGGAGAAUGGCCUAGCUGGCUUCGUCCUUCUCGGGUUGAUGUUCCUCAUAACAUUGAUUUCAGUGAAAAAUUAUUCAAUCUUAAUGUUGUUGUGGCAAAGAAAAGGCCUCUUAUAUAUAUUUAUGAUUUGCCCCCCGAGUUCAACAGUCUACUAUUGGAGGGACGCCAAUAUAAAGGAGAAUGUGUAAAUAGAAUUUAUGACGAGAAUAAUGCAACAAUAUGGACACAAUACUUGUACGGAGCUCAGUUGGCAAUUUAUGAGAGUUUGUUAGCUAGUCCUCAUCGGACUCUGAAUGGUGAAGAAGCAGAUUUUUUCUUUGUUCCUGUUCUUGAUUCAUGCAUCAUAAGUGGUGCUGGUUUUUCUCCUCAUUUGUCGUUGCAGAAGCAUAUGGGGUUGAGAAGCUCGCUUGCUUUGGAGUUUUAUAAAAAUGCAUAUAAUCACAUUGUUGAGCAAUAUCCUUAUUGGAAUCGCUCAUCAGGAAGGGACCACAUAUGGCAGUUUUUUUCAUGGGAUGAAGGUGCUUGUUAUGCUCCUAAGGAAAUAUGGAACAGCAUGAUGUUAGUACAUUGGGGAAAUACGAAUACGAAACAUAAGCAUUCAACUACAGCGUAUUGGCCUGAUAAUUGGGAUAAAAUUUCUUCUAAUAGAAGAGGCAUUCAUCCAUGCUUUGACCCUCACAAAGAUCUUGUGCUUCCUGCUUGGAAACUUCAUGAUGCUGACGUCUUGAAAUUGAAACUUUGGACUCGGCCUCGUCAAAAGCGGAAGACACUGUUCUACUUCAAUGGGAAUUUGGGAUCAGCUUACCUUAAUGGAAGACCAGAACCCUUGUAUAGUAUGGGUAUAAGACAGAAAUUGGCAGAAGAAUUUGGAUCAAGCCCUACAAAGGAUGGAAAACUAGGGAAACAACAAGCAGAAGAUGUCAUUGUGACCUCAGUAAGUACUGAUGAUUAUGAUUUAGAGUUAGGAAACUCUGUUUUCUGUGGAGUAUUUCCCGGUGAUGGUUGGAGUGGACGCAUGGAAGACAGUGUUUUGCAAGGAUGCAUUCCAGUGAUCAUCCAGGAUGGCAUUUUCUUACCAUACGAAAAUGUACUCAAUUAUGAUAAUGUUGUUGUUCGAAUACCAGAAGAAGAACUUCCCAACAUGAUAAACAUUCUUCGGGGAAUCAAUAAUACAAAAAUUGAUUUGAUGCAAGCAAAUGUUCAAAAAAUUCGGCAAAGAUUCUUGUAUCGUGAUUGUGUAAUACUUGAAGCUGAAAGGCAAAAAGCUGCUUUUGGAUAUCUUGAUGAUUGGAAAGUUGAAUUCUUAAAAUUGAUGGAGAACGAUGUCACCACAACUUUAAUACAAGUUUUGCAUUACAAGUUACAUAAUGAUCCUUGGAGGAAACAAGUUGGCUACAACAAGAAGUUUGGAUUACCUAACCAAUGUGUGGUAAACACCAACUGAGGAGGAGUAAGGGAAUUAAUUGAAGGAGUCAAGGUUAAAUGUGUAAAACAAGGUGAAGGUAAAGUUCUUUAAAAGAUGUUACCAUCUCUUCUACAAAAAAUGUCUGCAUGUAUAAGUAAAUUUUGACUUUUUUUUUUCCAGUGUGUUUGUCACACUAGAUUUGUAAAAAGCUAGUGUGUGUGUGCGCUAGGUAUGAUGCACAUGUUUUUCAAUGUGGUAUGUUUCAGCUGGUAUAUAAUUUUUUGGUAAUGAGCUAGUAAUAUUAUACCAUGUAUGUGAAAAUUAUGUUUUAAAAA